GCCACGUUGACAGGGAGGGCGGCAGGCGGUGCUGGCUGCGGGAGAGGGGUGUGGGCGCGCUCGUGCGGGCGCUGUCAGGGUAAACAUGUCUUCGCCUCCCAAAGAGAAAGCCGAGACCCGGGCCGGACACCCUCCUGCUGUUAAAGCGGGUGGGAUGCGGAUUGUGCAGAAACACCCACACAGUUCUGAUACCAAAGAAGAAAAAGAUAAGGAUGACCAAGACUGGGAAACCAGCAGCCCACCUAAACCAACCGUGUUCAUCUCUGGUGUCAUAGCAAGGGGUGAUAAGGACUUCCCUCCAGCAGCUGCUCAGGUGGCUCAUCAGAAACCACAUCCUUCAGUGGAAAAGCUUCCUCACCCUCAACAUGUCAAACAGCACAUCCACCAACCUCGCAAGUGAGCUCACCACAAAAAUCUCAGCCAAACUGCCAUCAGUGAAUAUGUUUUUGAGAGAAGUUCUUGACCCUUCAUGGUUCACACAAUCAGAUCAAUAAUAUUGACUUCUAAAAUCUUACCCAGUUCUGUUUUUUUACUUUAAUUCCCAAGGGUUAGGAAGAACAAAAACGUUAUUGAGUUGAUGCACCGAAUGGAAAGUUUUCCCUUUUCUAUUAAGUAUUUGCUGAUCAGGGGUGGUUUUUUGAUAAGACUGUCUGGUUGACAACAUUAUGAUUAGUGAGCUUAAAACUUGUGCUUUUAGUUGUGGCAUUGCAAUAGCCAAUAGUUAAUGUAGCUUUUAUGCUAAACCAGUAGAGAACAUCGCCUUUGUACUGGUACUUUUGUUAUGUGGGAGUUUGUUGUGUUGAGGCAAAUUAGUGAUUGUCUUGAAUACAGUCUUGCAGUCUUCAGUACCCUGAGAUGUUAGAUCACAAGUGGGUAGAAAUCCAGCUGAAUCUUUUUUACACCCCUUUGCACUCCUAGUCUUGAUGCAGUUCUUUUGUGCAAGCUCUGUGUGGGUGCAAAGAAGUAGUCAAGAGUUACAAGCACGCUGCUGCUGUGACCUCACAGGCCUGGUUUUUUUUUUGUUUUUUUUUUUUGUUUUUGAGGUGAUGAUUUCUCAAAUCCAGCAACAAGUUGAAGGAAUUCAGGACCUUCAAGAACUGAACUUAAACUGGAAGAAAAUCUGUUUUCUUUUUUAAAUUACACUAUUACUGUGUUUAACUUCAUGAGCUAAUCUCCGUUAUGCAUCUUUUUAAAAAAAUAUUAUUAAUGAAAGGAAUAAAAGUUACUUUUCAGACAGAGCAAUCGGAUUAGGUUAGGCCACAUAGUUAAAUAUGUCAAUUACACAGUUUGAAAUUAAAAAAAAAAAAAAAAAAAAGCACAAGCUCUAGCCAAUUCCUUCUUCAUCUCUAUAAAACCCAGGAAAGUCAUUUUUAAACAUUCCACCUACAUUUUAAAAAUGUACUUCUGUUUUUAACUGACUAGUACAGGUUUUAAUGCCCUGUUGAGUUUAUAAGACUUCCAGCAGUCUCAAAAAAGUGAGUACAGAAGCAAAACACUGAUAUACAGCCCAUGUCACAAGUGGAAUAACUUGUGUCACGUGUGUGAAAGGGACCUGGUAUGGCCAUCUAUAUUAGGCUUGAAAUGCAAAGGGUGUAUUGCAAAAGACAGGCACAGAUGUAUUUAUUCUGCACCAAGGAGGGGGACCUAUGAUUUGUGUAUGAAGUCCUUAUUUUCAGUUUAAUUAGAUAACUGUACUUGCCUUAAGGAGCGAGUGUUGUUUAUAAGAAUUAGUCUGCAUUAGAAUAUGCAUUUUUUAUGAAAUACUCUUUUUUGUUCCUGAUGUCGGUACUUCUGAGGCCUUGUUCUUAGCUGCUUAUGAGCGUACAUGUGAUUCAUACAUGAGUGAUUUAUCCUUGAAGGUAGAACUGUUGAACCUCAUGAAACAUAUUUAUGAGCUAAAUCACCAGCAGAUUCAGAACAGAGAGACUACAGUCUCAUGGACAGUGCAGCCAGUAGUUGUCAGUGUGCUGUGUCAGCCCAUCAGCUGGUGCUCAUGGUCACCUGAUGCUGGUAGCUGCUGGUUUAAGAAUGGUGGCAUUCAGCUCUCCUGUUUUUAUGUCUACAUCUCAAGUAGCAUGUAGACUCUAACUGUAGUCAAAACAGUUAAUAGAGCACGUUUCAAGACAAUCUGAAUUGCUCUUGACUCCAUUCAUUGACUGUAGAUGAAAACUAAAAAUACUUCAGAAUAGUUGCACACCAUUUGGUGGGCUUGGACAGCUCUAUUCUGUGUGUUUCUACCUUACACAAGCAACACCACGUUUCCAGCUUUUGAGUUAGAAAGAACUCUUGGCUGUUAAUGCAAUAUAUACAGCAUUUAUAGACAGUAUCAGAAAUUUGUCUUUGAUUGCUUAGAUGGGUAUAUAAGUUUGUACAAUGAAAUAAGAUCCUCAGGAUAUCUUUAGUCACUUUUAGACUGCGGGAUUUGCUAUAUGACUAGAAAAUGUCUCUGUAUGAAAGCAUAUUAUGUAUGGUUGGAAGAUAUCCAUGUUCAUGCAUAGCUGUCCUUACCAAUGCAUUAUCUUGCUGAAAAUAAAGAAUCAUAAUCAGUCA